AUUUUUUACAAAGUCGAUAUAUAUUCUAAUUGUUUCGUUUAUUCUAAGGUAGAUUGUGAACAAUUUUAAAUAUUUUAGGUUCUUCGUUUAUUGGUAGUUUGGUACAUAGUGGUCAAGAAACUAACUCGGUGCCGCCGCCUCCGGCAUACGACGGUUUGGCGCUGCAGUGUUAGUAAAUUGGUGGAGCACAGUAUCGAAUGGUACUGAUGAAACCCAACAAGUCCUCAGCUUUCACCUUAGCUGAGAAAUGCAAGAAUAUUCUGGCAUCAAAUUGGCAAGGUAUUCUCAACACCAUUAAAACUGAUUCUAAAGGAAGCAAACCAGAAUUUUAUUCUUCAAGAGUGAAGUAUCUGCUCAACAAGGGAAAACCAUAUAUCUGGAUUCCUGAAAAAGAUUUACAUAAUGUGAAUACUAUCAUUGAUGAUCGUGCGUCCUUUGCUGUUCCCACGCCUUACCCUGGGCCACUUGCUAAUUUACUUAGAUCAAUGAACAAGCUUCCAGAGCGAGUUGCUAUGACCGGUGAAAUUGUUCAUGUUGCAGAUAAGAAGAUCGAGUCUGCCACUGAAAAGGUGAGGGAAAUGGUAUUUUCUGAACAGAAGCAAAUAGCUGAGUCAAGUUAUGCAGUUUCUGGUAUACUGAGCUCUGCAACUUUUGGCAGCACCUCUCGAAGUGAGAACCUUGUGGAACUUCUGGAUAAUGAUGAUAAAUAUGUUGUGUACAAGUUCAAUGCCAGCUCUUGCAUGUUCGUUGAUGGGAAUGGCGGCAAUUGUGAAGUGUAUCUAGAGGAGUUUAGAAAGUCGAAGGCUGAUAAAUUAUCACCUUUUGCCGCAAAGCUAGUCGAUGGCAUCAAUCAAAGUGAGAUAAGACGUAGAGCGCUAGUAGUUUUAAGUUUUGCCUUCUUAAAUGUGGAUUCAAAGGAUGCCUACGUUCUGUCAGUUGAUCGAAAAGGCUUGAAUAUGUUAGCAAGAGUUGUUAGAAGUGGCGAAUACCAGUGGAAGGAAUUGAGGUUGACAUUCGAUGAAGAUGCAGAGAAUGUUGAAUCAUUUUGCAGCAAACUUGUUCAAAUGGAAGAGGCAGCCCUUGAUAAACUGAAGAGUUGCAGUGGUUUAGGAUAGAUUUUGAUAGCUAAAAUCCUUUCAAGUUUUUUUUUUUUUUUUUUUGAAAAUUGGUGAAUUAUAUUAAAACUACACUGUGACAGUGGAAACUAAGAUCUCCGGCAUAAAAAAACAGGCCACUCAAAGAAAAGACAUUGGAGUGGACUAUGUAUACAUAUGUUCCAAAAACAACACCAAAUUGUGAAUCUUACACCUACUCGGUUAUAUGCACAUCAACUAACCACUACAAUCAA